AUGUUUGCUGCCGUCGCUGCUGGUAAUCCUUUACAACUUUCCGAAGAAGUUGCCAACUCAAAUGGAUUACAACACACUAUAAUUCUCUCAUCAACGAAGCCAAAAUCAUACUCACAUAUUUCUAUAUUUAUUCUACCGAAUGUAACGUUCCCGGAGAACUUUAUUGCUACUGUGUACUUUAAAUUAAUCCCCACGGAUGAUUUUAAAUUAUUUGGUUAUUUAUCAUUAGAAAAACCAAGUGCUAUCUUUAAAGUUAAACUUCCUGGUAGUAGUCCUGCAAAUAAUGGUUCAAACAAUUAUAUAUCGCCAUCAAAUGAUGGAUUAGGAGAGAUUGAUAUGGAUGAUGACUAUGAUUCUAAUGUAACGAAUCCCAUGAUGGACGGUAAUACACCUCAAACAAACAAUAACCUCUCCCAAGUGACAAUCGGUAUUUCAAUUGAACCCAGAGAACAAGGGUUACUAAAGAUACAGGAAUGGAAACAAGAAAUUAACGUAGAGAAAAGUAAGAAUGCAUCAUCAUUAGUACUAUCCAGACCGAAUGGAGCCAUGGGUAUGCCCUUAGCUAUUCGAACUGUUGGUGAGUUGGCAAAGACAUAUCCUGCUCUUACAAAAGAACUAGCUGCUAAAAUUGUACAACAUGCAUACAAUUAUUUGUCAGGAUUUUUAGAUGCCAAUGGUAGUGUAUCAAUUAAGAGGUUCGAUACAUGGUGGGAUAAAUUCAAAAAUAGAUUAGAGAAUGACGGUUCUUUCCUCGAUGAAGUGACCAGUGCAUGA